AACGCAUUCAAAAUCUUACGCUACCAAGUUUUAGUUCCGAUUAUCAGUUUGUCUUAAUCUCAUGCUACAGUUAUUUCUGACUGUUGUCGAUUCUUUCUCUAUUGAAACAAAUUGCAUUUGAAAUUAACCUCAGUAUGUCAAAUCUUGAUGCUCCAGAUUUGUUUAAAAAGUUGGUUAGUGUUCUAACCACAUGGCUUAAGACAUUAGAUGAAUUUACCAAAAAAGAAGAAGAGUUUUCUAAUACUUCCAGAAAUUUGAGAAACCUUACUAUCGACCCUAAAUACUGGGCUACAACAAGUGAAUUAGCGUACUCAAUUGGGAAUAUAUGCGAAUGCUAUAAAAACACAAACCAACUGUCACUUCUGGAACCUUUGAAAAAAAUCUGUGCUGUACUACCCUCCAUAAAUGACAUUUUCUUUGAGAGAGAGGAAAUUCUAAAAGAGAUUAACCGGAAAUGUCGAAAAAUUAGAAAGUCUGAAUUUCCAGAGCAUGCAACCGAAAUUUCAGGAAAACAUAAAAAGAUUUCCCAAACAGUUGAAUCGCUAACAAAUCGUCUACAGGCUAUUGAAUACAUAAUAAACAUCAACUUGGUUGAUCUCACUUCAACGUUAGAAGUAUUUUUGUUUUCAUCGUUCCAUGCUCAUCUCGGAAGUACUCAUGAAUUUUUUCAAAAAGCAUCAAUAAUCAAUCAGCAAAUGUCAGAUUUACUAAAUACUGGUCAAAAUGAACUUAGUCAGUUAGACAGAAAAAUGGAUGAAGAUAUGGACUCCAUAUACAAACUCCUGUAUCUAAAACCUGAAAAAUAUUAAACUGGACUUCUCGAUAUUUUGUUGACUUAUCUUCACUCUAUUCACUUCUGUUUCCAUAAUCUCAUCAGUUUUGUUUAAUCUAACUAAAGGUUUUCUAAUAAAAUGCAACUACUCCGAAGGACAGAGAUUGCUUCCUUCUUUCUAUAUAAGCUCACGUAUAUUUCAACUGUGAUUUGCUUAAAUCGUUAAAAAAUCUAGUUUUAAUUUUUUGAACAGACUAGUUUGGAAGAC